AUGGUGGCUCGUGUGGCUGGAGUUUUUAAUGAGCAAUUGACGGAAGCCAUCGCUAAUUCCAAGAUUUUGGUCGUUGGGGCCGGCGGCAUAGGUUGUGAGAUAUUGAAGAAUCUCGUGCUAACCGGCUUCCCUUCCAUUGAAAUUAUCGACCUUGAUACUAUCGACGUAAGCAAUUUAAAUCGUCAAUUUUUAUUUCACAAAGAACAUGUUGGAAAGUCGAAAGCUCAAGUGGCAAAGGACAGUGCCCUCAGCUUUAAUCCAAACGUUAACAUUAUUGCACAUCACGAUAGUGUUAUUAGCAAUGACUAUGGAGUCAGUUAUUUCAAGCAGUUCAACAUUGUGAUGAAUGCUCUUGACAACCGUGUGGCACGUAACCAUGUCAACCGCAUGUGUCUCGCUGCAAAUGUGCCUCUUAUUGAAACUGGCACAGCUGGUUAUGCAGGACAGGUGGAACUAAUAAAAAAAGGGCUAACCCAAUGCUAUGAAUGUCAACCUAAAGCCCCACAGAAGAGCUUCCCUGGCUGUACCAUCCGCAACACACCAUCUGAACCGAUUCACUGCAUUGUAUGGGCAAAACAUCUGUUCAAUCAAUUAUUUGGAGAAGAGGAUCCUGAUCAAGAUGUUAGCCCAGAUACAGCUGAUCCAGAAGCAGCUGGAGAUGCAGGGGCUUCAGCUCUUUCAGCAGAAGGAAACACUGCAGGCAAUGUAGAGAGGAAGAGCACUAGAUCCUGGGCAGCAGACACAAAUUAUGAUGCUGAAAAGCUAUUUACUAAAUUAUUUGGGGAUGAUAUUCGCUACCUACUUUCUAUGGAGAAUCUCUGGAAAAAGCGUCGUCCACCUACCCCUUUGGUUUGGGACAAUUUACCUGGAAAAGAUGAUGCACCAAUACAACAUUCUGGGCUUCCUGAUCAACGAGUUUGGUCUGUGCAUGAAUGUGCUCAAGUGUUUGCUUCAAGCUGCAGCGCCCUACAAAAAGAUCUGAAGAGCCGUCCGGAGGGUGAUCACUUGGUGUGGGACAAAGACGAGCGCAGCGCUAUGGACUUUGUCACAGCCUGCUCUAACAUACGGGCUCAUAUAUUCAACAUUCCUCUCAAAUCUCGCUUUGAGAUUAAAUCAAUGGCGGGCAACAUAAUCCCAGCAAUAGCAACAGCCAACGCUAUUGUAGCAGGUCUCGCAGUACUCCGCGCUCAAUCCAUACUGAAAGGCGAAAUCGAGAACUGCACCAGCGUCUACUUGCGGCCUAAAGUCAACCACCGCGGACAGCUAUUCGUACCUGAGAGAACACUCACUGCGGCCAACCCGAAAUGUUAUGUUUGUGCGCCAAAACCAGAAGUAGGUCUCGCUUGCAACUUGAAGGCCCUUACUCUCAAAGAUCUCACAUCAGCAUUCAAAGAAGGUCUUAAUAUGCAAGCGCCUGACGCGACAGUCGAAGGCAAGGGCCUCGUGGUCUUGUCAUCAGAACCUGGAGAAACAGAUCAUAACAACGAUAAAACACUAGAACAGAUAGGUUUAAACGACGGAUGUGCUUUACUUGUUGAUGACUUCUUACAAAAUUAUGAAGUCAGGGUUAGAUUACAGCAAGAGGACGAGGAAAAAUCUUGGCGUUUAGUCACGGAUGCAGAUACUCCAAUGCCUGCACCCAAAGAGGAAGAGAAAUCGGCAAAUGGCUCUAACGGUGGCAGUUCAGGUAAUGAUCCUAAGCCUGGACCUUCGAGGCCGAAGGAGGAUAGUGAAAGUGACAUGGAAAUUGUUGAGGAAGAUGAUGACGAACCUACGAUGAAACCCCCAAAGCGCAGGCGCACAGCAAUGAGUGAUGAAGUCGUCGAACUCUGUUAA